AUGGCAACCACCCAUGAGACCUACAAGGAGCCGGCCAUCAUCCACGAGAAGUCCGAUAAGCUUCACUCGGAAUAUGCUGCCGACGAAGAAGGCAAGGCCAUCGCCCAAGUGGACUACAGCGGUUCCCACGAGAAGACCGACCCUAAGGAAAUCGCCCUCGUGAAGAAGCUGGAUCGCUGGAUCAUGCCGUACGUCUUCGUCCCCGCCUCCUCCCCGGUUCUGCUGGGACGAGACACCUCUUUCUAUCCUUCACGCGGUCCCUCUUCCCGCAUUGCUCGUGAGACACUUUGGGGCAUGUACUGGCUGAACUACCUCGACCGUAACGCCAUCGCCCUUGCGCGCCUCAACGACCUCGAGGAGGAUCUCAACCUGACUGGGUCACAAUAUCAAACCUGCGUCAGCAUCCUCUUUGUGGGCUAUUUGCUUGGCCAGAUUCCUUCCAACAUGAUCCUCACCCGCGUCCGCCCUUCUUGGUAUAUGGCCGGCUUCAUGGCCCUCUGGGCUGUUGUGUCUGCUCUGACUGCAUUGUCCAAGGACUUCACUGGUCUUCUGCUUACACGCUUCUUCCUUGGUGUGACUGAGGCGCCGUACUAUCCUGGAGCUCUGUUCAUGUUGUCCAUUUUCUAUACUCGCAAAGAGAUUGCCACACGCAUCUCUAUCCUCUACACCGGCAACAUCCUCGCCACAGCCUUCGCCGGCCUCAUCGCCGCUGGCAUCUUCGAAAUGGACGGAGCCGCCGGAAUCUCUGGCUGGCGCUGGCUUUUCAUCAUCCAAGGUGUCGUGACCUUUGUGGUCGCCCUCGCCUCUGUGUUCACUUUGCCGGAUCAUCCACUAACAACCCGCUGGCUCACCCCCGAAGAGCGCCAACUCGCACACGACCGCAUUGAGCGCGACACCGUCGGCAAUAGAUUCCAGUCCUCGACCUUCAACGGCCUGAAGGAAGCCGCGAAGGACCCCAAACUCUGGCUCUUCGCAUUCAUGCAACACAUGCAUCUUGCCGCCAAUGGCUUCAAAAACUUCUUCCCGACUGUCGUUGGCACACUGGGCUUUAACCGCACCAUCACCCUCACACUCACCUGCCCGCCCUACCUCAUCGCAGGCAUCAUCUCCGUCUACUGGUCCUGGCAAUCAGGCAAGUACAACGAGCGAACAUGGCACAUCACCGCGGCCAAAAUCGUCGCUAUCGCCGGUUUCGUCCUCGGCAUGGCCACGCUCAACAUCGGCGUGCGCUACUUCGCCAUGGUCGUCUUCUCGAUCGGCACCUAUGCCGUCAACAGCAUCAUCCUGGGCUGGGUGGGUGCCACCUGCGGACAGACUCGCGAGAAGAAGGCUACUGCGUUGGCGAUUGUCAAUACUAUUGCCAAUGCGAGUUUCAUCUGGACACCUUAUCUGUGGCCCAAGAGCGACGAGCCCAGGUAUGUGAUUGCGAUGAGCUCGAGUGCGGCGUUUAGUGCGGCUUGUGCAGCGGGAGCUUGGGUCAUGAAGAUUUGGUUGAUUAGGGAGAACAAGAAGAUCAAGCAGAGUGAUAAUGAGGCGACGAUGUUUUAUGCUUACUAG